CAGAUAGCCUCCGCAAAUUCCGCAAAAAAUUAGAAGAAGAAGCCGCUGAAAGUUCUGAUGAGGAGGACAAAAGCACUGACUCAGAAAACUCCCUUAGUGAAAAAGAAAGUGGUGAAAGUGAAGAAUUUUUAGAAAAAUGUGAAGCACAUUUUCUUAUUUUGCCCCAACAAAAGCAACAACUAGCCGAUUAUCAAGCCCACAUUAAGGAAUUAGAAGCAGUUAAAGGCAUUUUACAAACUAGAUUAGAAUAUCAAGAACAACAAAUUAAAGAAUUAAGUAAUUCGCAACAACUCUUUUCUAAUCCAAAAUUAUUUCGUUUGUUUGAUGAGGGUAUUAAGGAAAGUUUGGUCAUCUUUGCCGGUUUUGAAGUAAGUUAUAACUCUUAUGGUAGUAAACUUUCUCAACGCAAUGAAAUUUGGAAAGGAACUUACCUGGUUCAGCAUAAUAUUUAUCUCAAUCAACAUUUUUUUCUUAAUUUACUUGGUUAUUGUAAUGAAAAUGAACUAGUCAGAACCUUUACUUUUGCUAAACUAAUUGAAACUAUUGCCCAUGAGAUCGCUCAUGCGUUAUUGGUUGACUUUUACCCAGAUGAAAAAGAACAUGAAGCCAAGCACCGAGAAAUCACUGAAGAAUUACAGGAAUAUUUGUUAAGUAUGCCCUUGGUGGAAAU